GAUCAUUUCCCUCCCCACUCUCAACGCCUCAAAAUGUUGAGCAAACUAGCAGUAAAAUCCAAAACUUCCCCCAAAAGUCCCCGCAAGCUGACAAAAGUCCAAUCCAUGGAGAACAAAUCCAAGCAAAAGUCCAAGCAAAAGACUACAGGUGCCAAAGCCAUCGACUGCCCACCAAUCGAGAAACCAAAGAAAGAGGCGUCACCAAAGGCAGAGCCGGAGUGCAACAGACCCCACUUCUAUCGCUCGCCAGAGGAGAAGCGUACCUAUUUGGAGCUGCAGGUGGUGCCCAUUCUGAUGGAGGGAAUGCUGGCUGUUGCCCGCGAACAGCCGCGGGAUCCCAUCGGAUAUCUGGAGAAGUUCUGGCUGCAGGACAGGCUGAAGUGCGACAUUCAGCUGCCCAAAAACAUCCUCUGACUGAAUACUGAAUCUAGUUUCAAAUCAAAUCAAAUUUCAAAUUAUCAGAUGAUUGAAUAAAUGCUGUUCUGGUUUCUGUUUAGCCUCA